GGAAAAAACCAAAAAAACGAAAAAGAAAACGUGAGAAUAAUAGGAGCGUGAUUAACAAGCAAGCGCGAGUAAAAGAUAUGCAACCUCCCACCAAAUUUCAAACCAAUUGAAUUUCUUCUCCGAGCCCUAAUCCAAUUUCAGUCUUUCUGCUCUCGAUAUGCAUUCCCCGACUCCUCCAUCCGAGAACUCCGAUACCUCGCCAUUUCUAACCCACACAAUUCCCGACCACCUUAUCCGGAGCCGCCGCCUCCUCCGUCGUCCGCCAACCGCUCUACGCGGUGUCGCGGCGCGUCUCCUCAGACGCGUUAGCGGGCGUCGCAUGAUGCUGCGAGAGCCAUCGGUGCGCGUCAGAGAAACGGCAGCGGAACAGCUGGACGAGCGUCAAAGCGACUGGGCCUACUCGAGGCCCAUCAUAGUUCUUGACGUUCUGUGGAAUUUAGCACUUGUAUUAAUUGCUGUUGUGGUGUUGGGUUUGAGCGUAAACGAGAAUCCUCUAGUGCCUUUAAGGUUGUGGGUUGCUGGCUAUGCUUUGCAAUGUAUGCUUCACGUUUUUUGCGUGUUUUUAGAAAGUAGAAGAAGACGUGAAGGGGAAGAUUUGGUUGCUGGGUCCAGUAGUGAGGGCACUGAUUCCGAAGAUGAUGAACAAGACCACCUUCACACUGAAGAUGGAACCAGUAUUGCGAAGAAUUUGGAGUCUGCAAAUACUAUGUUUUCAUUUUUAUGGUGGAUCAUUGGGUUUUACUGGAUAACUGCUAGUGGUGAAACAUUAACACUUGAUUCGCCGCAGCUUUAUUGGCUUUGUGUAAUAUUCCUUGCUUUUGAUGUGGUGUUUGCUAUGCUCUGUGUUGCGGUAGCAUGUCUAAUUGGUAUUGCUGUUUGUUGCUGUCUUCCUUGUAUACUUGGAGUACUAUAUGCCUUGACAGAGCGGAAAGGAGCUACAGAAGAAGAGGUUGAUCAAUUGCCAAAGUAUAAGUUCCAGAGAUUAGGGGAUUUCCAGAAAAUUAAUGGUGAAAUUCAAGGAUAUUUUGGUGGGAUAAUGAUUGAGUGUGACACUGAUUCACCCACUGAACACACACUUUCCCACGAGGAUGCUGAAUGUUGCAUCUGCCUCUCUGCCUAUGAUGAUGAAACUGAACUGCGUGAGCUUCCCUGCCAUCACCAUUUCCAUUGUGCUUGUGUAGACAAGUGGCUGUACGUUAAUGCAACCUGCCCUCUUUGCAAGUUCAACAUUUUGAAAAUGGGCAACCAAAGAGGCAGCGAAGAGGUGUAGUAAGUCAGGUUAGACAUUUGACUGGUGAAUUGAGCAUCUUUGAUGGCUGCCUAUUAUUGGUUAGUGCAAUUGGUAUGUUGUUGGGACCAUUACCUUGAGUCCUGGAGUCAGCCUUGUAGCAAAGUUGUGUAGUUUCAGCCUAUCAGCAGGUGUUGCUUGUUCCACUAAUAUAUAUAUAUCUGUUAUAUGUAUAUUUGUUAUGUAUCUUAGUUGCUAUGCUAGAUUAUGCGAAAAUGGUAUAUUUUUGUAUUCAUUGUAAAUACUGUUAUUUUGCUCUUGUAUUUGUGUGCUUAGUGUAUUGCAUCUUUGCAUAUCGUAUAGGAGCGGCGUUUUAAUA